UUUCUAAAACCCUCGCCUUAAACCCCAACAGAGACAACAACAUCGUCUCUCUUUCUCUACACAAUGGAUCCUUCAGACAACAACAAUGUCUUCAACGACAACUCCGACAUCUGCGAACAACUCCUCCAACGUUACACUAAAUCCUCCGCCCCUCAACACCGCCACCUCAUCGCCACCGCCGCCGCCACCCGUUCCAUAAUACAAUCUGAAUCCUUACCCUUAACCCCAUUUUCUUACUUCGCAGCCACAAUCUCCACACUUUCGAAUAAUUCCCAAAAUACCCUUGACCCACAAGCCUUAUCUGCUUUAUCAUCUUUCUUAGCUAUUGUUCUUCCUUUAAUUAAGGAUGUUUCUUCAGAUAAAGCUACUGAGGCUAUUGGUGUAAUUGUGGCUAUUCUUGAAAAGCAGCCAUUAGAGAGUGAGGGUGUUUUGGGGACUUCUACUGUGAGAGCUUUUGUUAAGUGUUUGGGAAUUUUGGUGGGGUUUUGUGAUAAGGAAGAUUGGAGUUCUGUGGAAUUGGGUUUUGAGUCACUUGUAAAGUUCUCCAUUGAUAAGCGUCCGAAGGUGAGGAAAUGUGCUCAGGAUUGUAUUCUAACUGUUUUCAUGUCAUUUGGUUCAUCUUUGGUGGCUAAGAAAGCUGGUAAAAGAAUGUACUCCUUGAUAGAAGAUAACAUGACAUUGGCAAUGAAACUAAGUGCUCCAAAGGAAAUAAGUGGACCUAAAGAUGAACAUCAAGAGGUGCUUCACUCCCUAAAUAUUCUGAAGCCUAUUAUACCGUACCUUCCAGUCAAAGUCAAUCAGAAGCUACUUGCUCAACUAGUGGAGCUUAUGAGUUCCCAGAGCUCAGCAUUCACAAGACACAUUUUUGAUAAUAUUGGGGCAAUAUUAGAUGCUUCAGGAGUUGAAAUCAUUCUUCAAGAUGCUGACAACAUUAUAAAAGGGCUUAUAUCAUACAUAUCGUCUGCGGAGAACCCUGUUGACAAUGUAUUGCUUGCCGCAUCUUUGGCAAAAAGCAUUAUUGAGAAAAUCCAUGAUGGAGGAAUAAGUGUUUGGAUUACGUAUUUGCCGUUGGUUGUUGGCUGCAUAUCAGGUCUUCUUACACGUCCGGAAAAUAUUGCUUUACAGUCUUCAAAUAUUUUGAAAGAACUGAUCAUUGCCCAUAUUGAUGGGAAAAAGUUUUUGACUGGUAAAAAGCAGGCAGUGGAUGAUGAGGCUCUCAACAUUUCUGAAUUUGCAGCAGUGAAAGCUAUUUGUUUAGUCUUUGAAGAUCUGCUUAUCAGCUCUUCUGAAUUCCCAAACGACCAUAUCUUGGCAGUCCUUUCCGUUAUUUUCCUUAAAUUGGGUGAGGUCUUGGACUUAUGCGCGAAAGGUCUAAUACUUAAACUUGCUGAUUGGAUGGCUGUUGCUUCUGGCGGUGCUUAUGAUACAAAAAAUCUUCAAGUGUGCAUAGGAGCAGCUGUUAUUGCUAUGGGGCCAGAGAAACUGCUUGCCCGGUUACCCAUCACCCUGAAUGCGAAGGAUUACUCCGUUUCAAACACUUGGUUGAUUCCUAUUCUAAAUAAAUAUGUAUGUGGAUCAUCGCUAGGGUUCUUUAUAAAGCACAUGGUGCCACUAGCUGUGUCCUUCGAACAGGCAUCAUCAAAAGUUAAAAAGUCAGUAAUUCGGGAAGAACUGCAGGCUUAUGCCCGUGGAUGUUGGGGGCUAUUACCCGCCUUUUGUCGCAGUCCAUCUGACGUUCAGAAGAAUGCCCAAGCUUUGACUACGCUUUUGAUCCCUUUCCUCAAGGAGGAGUCCUUUAUGCUUGAGAAUAUUUCUGCAGCUUUGCAGGAACUGGUCAAUAAGAAUAAAAGUGCAUUUGCAUCUGAUAACUUUUCUGAAGACCUUAUAGUUCCCCAAAAGGAGGAUGAAAAUCUGGAUUUGGCAUUGGAGUUCAAACGCAAAUGCUCUUACUCAAAGAAGUCCGCAAGCAAAAAUAUUAAGGCUUUGGCAUCUUGCUCUGAGGAAUGGCUUCAGGCUUUAGUAAAUGUCUUUUUUAAGUCAUCUCCUGCAAAUUACCAGCAAUUCAAGGAGGCAAUAGAGUGCUUGACAUGCAUCAGUGAUUCUUCGACAACCCAAAGGAUCUUUACUUCCACAAUGGGGAGAUCCGGGAUUAUGAAUGAUUCUGGUGAAUACAGGAAGCUUGGAUUUCAUUCUGAUGGCUCAACAGACAACGAAGAAAAUAACACCACUCUUCUUGGGGAAGUAGCUAAGAGGUGCUUGGUCUUGGAGCUGGGAUCGUGCUUUGUUGAAGGAGCUAGCGAGGAUCUCAUUAAAAUCUUUUUUGGCAUUGCUAAGGAUGUUUUGGAGGCUACUCAUGGGGCUGGUCAUCUUGAAGCAUAUCACAUUCUGAAUAGAAUAUUAGAGCAGAAAAGUUCCUGGUUUCGCUCUUCGCAUGUUGAGCAGCUCAUGGAUUUAUUGGCUAGUGUAAAACCUCCAACUGAUGUAAAAUCACUGGAGAGUCGCUUUGCCUGCUAUAAAACCUUGUUGAUUGAUUCAAUACAGGGGAAUUUGGACGAGGAGAACACGCAGGCCUUUCUCAUUCUGAAUGAGAUUAUUCUCACAUUAAAAGAUUCCACGGAAGAAGGUAGAAAGACGGCCUAUGAUGCCCUUAUCGGUGUGUGUUCUAGCUUGAGAGAUUCAUCAUCUGUUAAGUCGAAUGAAUCUUACAAGAAGUUCAUUGAUAUGAUUAUAGCUUACCUUUCUGGUUCGUCACCACAUAUAAAAAGUGGAGCAGUCUCUGCACUCUCUGUUCUGGUAUACAGUGAUGCCGAUAUCUGUGUCUCAGUCCCUGAUCUGGUCCCUUCCGUUCUGACUCUGCUGCAGAGUAAAGAUGUCGAAGUUACAAAAGCUGUUCUGGGAUUUGUUAAAGUAAUGGUAUCGAGCAUUCAAGCAAAGGACCUGCACAUUCUGCUCUCGGACAUUGUCAAUGGAGUGCUACUCUGGUCAUCUGUGUCACGGCAUCAUUUUAGAUCAAAGGUCACAGUCAUCAUGGAGAUCUUGAUGAGAAAAUGUGGAGUUGCCGCAGUUAAGUCAAUUGCAGCUGAGAAGUAUAAAAACUUUAUCAAGACAGUUGCAGAGAAUCGCCAUGGCAAGACAAACUCUAGAGAAGAUGGUACCCCUGAGACAGAAUCAACACCUUCGGAUUCAAGGCAGCGGAAAAGGAAGGAUAGAGAAUCUAGUGAUUCACUCAAGGAAAAAGACUCCAGGGAACCUUACAAAAGGAAAAAGAGAAAGGAGGGCGGAAAGGAUUCAUCCACGAAAUUUGCCAAGCAAGGUGUCACGGGAGGUGGGAAAAGAAAAAGGGAGAUGAAAAUGAAGAACAACACUGCUGAUGAACCUUAUUUCUCUUCAGGCAGCAGUGCUGGUAAGAAUCUGGUAAAAAGAAAGAGAGAAUUCAGUUAUCACAAACAUGAAGGUGAUAAAGCACCACUACAGAUGAGAGGCGAAGGAGGCAAAUUUAAGAGGGGCUUCCCGGGAAAGGGAAAGACAGAAAGGCAAAAAAGGCCAGCUAAUGAUGUACGAGGUUCAGGUGCUGAACACAAAAGGGGUCAGAAUAGAAGGCAGAAAACUAAUAAAAAUAGUUAACAUAUCGGAAGAACUUUUCGUUUAUUCACUUUUGCAAGUAAACAUCGCAUGGGGGGAGAUGAAGAGCAAUCUCUUAUUCCGAAGUAGAUCGAAAUGAUGCAUAUCUUCUGCUCGGGAGAUGUAUUCAGUGCACCAGUGAUGGAUUUUCAGUGUCAUAACAGUUGCUGGCAUCGGAAGAUAUCAAGAAUGUGUCAAUGCACAAACCAUACUUCAUAUGGUGCAAUGUGCCUUGUAUACCAUCUGUUCCUAAGUUCUGUUCUGAGAGCUUAGUGGCAAUCAAGUUUUGUUUUAUUUUGGUCACAGUUUAGUUGCAAUUUUGUAUUCUACAAAGGGUGAGUGAGUAUUUAUUAGGUAGUUUUCAACAAUCUUAUAAGAUGGCAAUCUUAUAUCCAUUUGUAUCUCCCAGUCGUAGUUGGGAACAUAAAGUUUGUUGAUAUAAAGACAUGGUACAAUUCUAUUUAAUUUUGUUUAGAAAUGAUAUAGAAUGGGGUGGAGAUACUAUUUCUGAAAGCGGUA